AGUUGCGCUGGCUCCCCCUACAACCCACUGCGUGUCUUGGCAGCGCCUUCCCUGGCUCCUUGGUCUCCGCCAGAGCACCUGCUUACUCAAUAAGACAGAGCAUCCCUUCAUCCCAAGGCUUGGUGGUGGUGGUGGUGUUGGGGGAGAGAGAGUGGACCAAGGAGGAGUGGCGCAGCUGCCUGCCGCUCCCGAAGUGAAAGAGCCCUCGAGGGGGGUUGGGGCCCCGUCCGGUCCCAGGGAGAUGGCGCAGCCCAUCCUGGGCCAUGGGAACCUGCAGCCCGCCUCUGCCGCUGGCCUAGCAUCCUUGGAUCUCGACUCAUCCCUGGACCAGUACGUGCAGAUUCGCAUCUUCAAAAUCAUUGUGAUUGGGGACUCCAACGUGGGCAAGACCUGCCUGACCUUCCGUUUCUGCGGGGGAACAUUCCCGGACAAGACUGAAGCCACCAUCGGUGUGGACUUCAGGGAGAAAACCGUGGAAAUCGAGGGCGAGAAGAUCAAGGUUCAGGUGUGGGACACAGCAGGUCAGGAACGCUUCCGUAAAAGCAUGGUUGAGCAUUACUACCGCAACGUGCAUGCAGUGGUCUUUGUCUAUGACGUCACUAAGAUGACAUCCUUCACCAACCUCAAAAUGUGGAUCCAAGAAUGCAAUGGGCAUGCUGUGCCCCCACUAGUCCCGAAGGUGCUUGUGGGCAACAAGUGUGACUUGAGGGAACAGAUUCAGGUGCCCUCCAACUUAGCCCUGAAAUUUGCUGAUGCCCACAACAUGCUCUUGUUUGAGACAUCAGCCAAGGACCCCAAAGAGAGCCAGAAUGUGGAGUCAAUUUUCAUGUGCCUGGCUUGCCGAUUGAAGGCCCAGAAAUCCCUGCUGUAUCGAGAUGCUGAGAGACAGCAGGGCAAGGUGCAGAAACUGGAGUUCCCACAGGAAGCUAACAGUAAAGCUUCCUGUCCUUGUUGAAACCAAAUGUUGUAAAUACAAAUUAUCACUGGAGUUUUUUCUUUCCCUUUUUCUGUGCCUGCAUAAUGCUGACACCUGCUUGUUUCCAUACAAAUUGAUAUCAAAAUAA